AGAAGAAGAAGAAGAAUAAUAAUAAGAAGAAGACGACUGCAGCCGGGGUGAAAAAGCUGGGCAGGUCAGGUGGAAAUUAGUUUGAGGCUCUCCUCUUACGCAAGCGAUGGACAUUAGUGUGUUUUUGGGCUGCUCUCUGGGUGCUGCUCUUGGGGCUCUGCUCUUUGCUGCUAGUAAACUUGCUUUACUGUACCAGCUAUUUCAUAAGACAGAGAGUAAGAGCCCUCGGCAUGGAGGGGAGAGUGUGGCGGAGGUUCUGCGGGCUCAUGGGGUGAAGUUUGUCUUCACAUUGGUGGGAGGACACAUCUCACCCAUCCUGGUGGCCUGUGAGAAACUGGGAAUCCGCAUUGUUGACACCCGCCACGAGGCCACAGCUGUGUUUGCUGCAGAUGCUGUGACAAGACUUUCAGGCACAGUCGGCGUGGCCGCAGUAACAGCAGGACCAGGGCUGACCAACACAGUAACUGCAGUGAAGAACGCUCAGAUGGCUGAAUCACCGCUGCUUCUUAUCGGUGGUGCUGCCGCUACUCUCCUGCAGGGUAGAGGUGCCCUGCAGGAUAUUGACCAAAUGUCGUUAUUCAAGCCCCUCUGUAAGUUCUGUGCUUCAGUGAGGACUGUGAGAGAAAUUGUUCCCACUGUAAGAAAAGCUUUAGCCAUCGCACAGUCCGGCACUCCAGGCCCAGUGUUUAUUGAGUUUCCCAUAGACACGCUCUACCCUUACCAUGUGGUGGAAAAAGAGUUUGCCCCUAAAAACACACCCAAAGGGAUGAUGGGGAAAAUCAUUGCAUGGUAUCUUCAUAAUCACUUAUCUAACUUAUUUGCUGGAGCUUGGGAAACCCGUGAUUUGACCCCACUUCCUGUUCACAUCCCUCAGGCCACAGAGGAUGAGAUCCAAAGGUGUGUGGAAUUGGUAAGCAGAGCUAAGAAACCUGUCAUACUGUUAGGCAGUCAGGCAACCUUACCCCCAACACCUGUGGAUGAUAUCAGAAAUGCCUUGGAAUCAUUAGGAGUUCCCUGCUUCCUGGGCGGAAUGUCUCGAGGCAUGCUAGGAAAGAACAGUCCACUGCACAUCAGACAGAACAGGAGAGAUGCCUUGAAAGAUGCUGACCUUGUGUUGCUGGCAGGCACGGUGUGUGACUUCAGGCUGAGUUAUGGACGGGUGCUGAACAGACGGAGUAAAAUUAUUGCAGUCAACAGAGACAAGAGUCAGCUAUUGAAGAACUCAGACAUGUUCUGGAAACCAACAGUGGCCAUUCAGGGCGAUGCUGGCUCUUUCCUCCUGCGUCUCUCAAAAGCCCUAAAGGGCCACAAGUGCCCAGAGGAAUGGCCUCAGAGCCUAAAGGAGGGAGAUCAUAUUAAAGAGAAAUCUAACAGAACGAAAGCAGAUGAGAAGACGGAGAGGCAUUUGAACCCUCUGAAUGUUUUGCACUGGGUGGAUGAGUUGUUGGCUGAGGACAGCAUCAUAGUGGCAGAUGGGGGGGAUUUUGUUGGCAGUGCUGCAUACAUCAUGAGGCCACGGGGCCCACUGCGCUGGCUGGACCCAGGGGCUUUUGGGACUCUGGGUGUGGGAGGAGGGUUUGCACUGGGAGCAAAGCUUUGUCGACCUGACUCCGAGGUAUGGAUCAUUUAUGGCGAUGGUUCCCUUGGAUACAGCGUGGCUGAAUUUGACACUUUCACUCGCCACAAGACCCCAGUGAUCGCUCUGGUGGGAAAUGAUGCAUGCUGGAGUCAGAUCUCCAGAGAACAAGUGCCUAUGCUCGGGAGCAACGUAGCUUGCGGUCUUGCCUUUACAGAUUAUCAUAUUGUAGCCGAUGGUUACGGGGGCAAAGGUUACCUGAUUGGGCGAGAGGAUGAGUCGCAGCUUGAUGAUAUCAUCAAAAAGGCCCAGAAAGAGUGCAGAGAGGGAAAGGCAACUCUGCUAAAUGUUCUGAUCGGGAAGACCAACUUCAGGGAGGGUUCAAUCUCAGUUUAGAGCGAGAGACACUGUGCACCAUUUUGCCUAGGAACCCAAAGUAUGUUGUAAUGCACACCCUUUACUACAUUUUACAGAUUAAGUUGAUUUGAAAUAAAAUUGUAACGAUGAAAAUGGGCUAUUAACUUAUUCCAUAACUUGUGCAAUCUGUGUGAAUUUUACUACCAUAUCAAGGUUCAUGUAUGAUGGGCCAGUAAAAAUGUAUUUAAUUUUCAUAGCAUACAUUAUGAAUGUAUGACUUUAUAAUAAUAAUAAUACUAUUGAAUAUUGGUUAAAUUCUUUAAAGUCUCUAAACUUUUUCAUACAAUUGUGUACAAUUACUAAAUUUGUAAUUAAAAAAAUCUGCAAUUUGGUGGAUAAAAAAAAAGGAAUAAAUUAAUUGGUCUUGCAGUUGUUGUGGACACUAAUGUUUUACUAUGUAUUGAAUCAAAGGGAUCUAAAUUUGUUUCUCAAGAAAUGUGAAUUCAAACCAAAGGAAUAUCCUUAAAAAUAUUCAAAAAAUCUUUUCCUGAGUUUUGCUGUAAUAGGAGACCUGGGUAAACCAUUAUCAGGUUUGUGAUUUGAUCACUCCAGCAUCACACAUUUCGAUGUGGAUACAUCAUUUAUCAACAUAUUUAUUGCAAUAAAAUCGUGAAAAAGGACAGUUGUUCUUUUUGUAA